AGGGGGAAAUAAUUUGUCGGUCCUCUUUCUUGGUUAUCUAUAUAAAUUGUCGGUCCCCUGAUAAGUUAUUCUCAGAAAAUGGCCGAAUCUGAUGGAAGAGUAGCAGCAUAUUUCCCUGACGAUUUCAAGCAAUAUGUGGACACUCAACUCAACCGCUGCCCAGUGUGGCGUAAUAGCUUUUAUGGAUGGGUUUUCUGGAGCCGAAAAGACGACCAAUCUGAACAUCCUCCGAAUGUUUUGGAUUUAAAAAAGAAGAUCAAAGAUGUCUUGCGAAGGUGUUUACUCGAUGGGUUUGUACGCCCAAUACUAUAUCAAUUUUGGGCACCCAAAAUGACAAUGGAUGGCCGGUCUUAUCUUACAACUCAAAACCAACCUUUCGCUCUUUCUACAUAUGAUCAGUUGUGUGAUGAUGUUAAAGGACCUGUUAAAGGGGUUUGUGGGUAUAGGAUGAUCUCUAUGGACUAUAAAUUUUACAUGGAUAGAGAGAGUUCUGAUGAACAACUUGGGGUUCCUGGCCGUGUGUUCAAGCACGGAUUUCACGAAUACUCUCCCAAUGUAGAAUAUUACUCUAUCAAAGAGUAUCCAUUGCGCCACCAUGCUUUCCGUUGCCAAGUUGAACAAUCUUGGGCUAUCCCACUGUUUGAUCCUUCUAUCCACUUAUGUGUUGGUGUACUUGAGGUAGUUUCAACAACGCCCUCAAAGGAAUUUCUGUUGUACUACAGCCUCUUGUGGCCGGAUUUCCGUUUUUUUUUUGAGGAGGUAGGUCUGGAAUCUACAAUUUCAGAGGCAGACCAUCCCACGGAUUUAAAUGUGAGACAAAUUGAAGCCUUAGAUGAAAUCGACAAGGUGUUGAAAGUUGUGCAUGAAGAUCAUGAUUUACCUUUGGCUCAAGCAUGGGUCCCGUGCGAGGUUGACUGUACAUACAGGGCUCUGGUUAAGGGUGACAUUUUCCAUGUGAUUCGCAAUUUCAUGUACAGAUUAGGGUACUGCAAAUUCUUGGCGGCCAACAGAAAAUCUCACUUAAGAAAGUGGCAAGGAGUUGUUGGGAGAGCAUUCUCGUCCCCUGAUGUAUUAUUUUGCAAGGAUGUAACCCAACUUAGCAUAAUUGACUACCCAUUGGCACACUUUGCACGGGUUGAAGAAUUAGGUGGUUGUUUCGCAAUAUGCUUGCAAAGUAGUUGCACCGGAAAUGACAUUUACGUGUUAGAGUGCUUCAUGCCGCCAAGCCACAAAGACUAUGGUAAUCAACAGACUGCAUUGAGGAAAAUAUUGGAAACUAUGAAGAAAAAUUUCUGAACUUUUAAGCUUGCUUCUGGAGAAGAACUUGGGGAACAUUUAUAUAUUGAAGAAAUUCCUUUUCAGAAUGGUGAGAAACUUGAUUCUGUUCAAAUGUCCCAGACUACUAAAUCUGUGCCUAGGCUGGAGCCCUUACAAAGUGGGGGAGAGAUGACACAACUGGAUUUAUCGAAUCAACAAUCAAUGGAUGCAUUAAACAAUGAAAGCAAUGUCGUAAGUGCGGAAAGAAGCAACAUUGAUGUUACUUGUUCACAGGAAAAAGGCAAAACAAAGAGGCCAAAAAGAGUGCACAAUAAAAAUGGAGUUAAAAUUGAAAUUCCUUUAGAUGAUAUCUUACAAAAUUCAAAAAAGAGCAUCCAGGCUGCUGCCGAUAAUCUCAAAGUUAGUCGAUCUACACUAAAGCGUGUUUGUAGGAGUUAUGGUUUCCCGAGGUGGCCACCACGCAAGAAGAAUAUGGUUGGUCAAUCUCAGCCUAGUGAAUUUUCCCGGGGUGUUGAUCAUCAACAAAUAUCACAAUUAAGUUUUGAUCUGCCUUUCAAUCAAGCCUCAGCUACUGUUGUUCAUGCAAAUCCACAUAAUAUAGCAAUCGAAGAUGCAAAUAUUGUGACCAUGAGGGCAAAAUAUAUAAAUAAUAUUACAAUAAAGUUUCGGCUAUCUUUGUCACCAGGACAGGUUGAGUUGCAGCAACAAAUAGCUAAGAGGCUGCACUUAGAAGCUGGAAGUUAUAAUGUCAAGUAUAAAGAUGAGGAAGAUCACGUGAUUUUAAUAGCUUGCGAUGAUGACUUGCAGGAUUGUAUUAGCACUUACAGAUUGCUGGGAACUUCCAUCGUGGUAUUGAUUGAUCCAAAGUAGUCAAUUACCACUGACCAACUUGAAUCAUCUCAGUUUUUUUGGUUGCUGCUAUAUUUUCUUUUGUUCUAUCUUUUGAUUCUAGAGACAGUUGUUGGACUAUCAUGCCUUGUUUCCUCUGUUUCAGGAAGGUGGGGAGUGUUUUGGGUUUUUUUGGUUUCCUCUUGGCAGUUGGAUUCUGGCCAACUGUUUCAUUCUCCCCUUUUGUAAUGUUGUAUUAGCAUUAAUAAAAUGUUACUUUCUUUGCUGAUCAAAAAAAAAAAAAAUCUUUCACUU